AUGAAGCUCGCCGGUCUCGUCUACAUCAUCCCACUCCUGGCGGGAGUGUCCGCGCAGGACGACGCGGAUCGGUCCAAGUACUCUGAGAUCUGCCCCGACAAGCACGAGGACAAGAAGACGUACGACAAUGGCUACGAGAUAACCUACCUUUGCAAAGCAACCGGCAAGGCGGACACGCUUCUCAGCACGGACACCAUCAAGAACCCAGACGACUGCGCUAUGGCCUGCAACUCUCAGAAGGGUUGCAAGGGCAGUGCGUGGCGCUACACCAACAACGAAUGCACCCUCUACUCGGAGGGAGAGACGAGCGACGCAGAGCUCCGUGCGAGCAUUUUUAUGCGCCGCGAGUCCCCCGAGGAGGAGGAAGAGAAGCCAGAGGAGGGAGAAGCCGAGGAAGAAACCCAGCCGGUGGAUUGCAGCGAGACGGAGCACGCGCUGAAGGACUGCGAGGCGAGCGAGAAGGAGCUGACGGACAAGCUGGCGACUUGCAACAAGGAAAAGAAGGAAUGCUGCGACGGCAAGAAAAAGUGCGAGGACGAGAAGAAGAAAUGCGAAGACGAAAGGAAGAAAUGCGGCGCCGACAAGGCCAAAUGCGAGGCCGAGAAGAACAAAUGCCAGGCGGCGCUCAAGAGCUGCGGCAGCGGCAGCCAACACAAAGCCAAGGGCCCCGCGAUCCCCAACUGCCCGCACAUCCACGGCCAGACGGCGCGCUACGGCAACCGCAACUUUGCGACGUGGUGCAACCACCUGCUGGGCGGGGCGCGGACCAUCUACAAGCAAAACGCGCUGCCCUUUGAGGAGUGCCUGGCGGCGUGCUCCAAGGACGGCGGGUGCAAGGGCGUCCAGUACAUUCUCAACACGGACGCGCCGUGCAAGAUGCAGGGGGUCAGCAACGGACAGGCUGGGCCGGCGACGACCUGGAUGAUGGUUGCCGCGGCUCUGCGCUAA